UUUGCGUCGAUGCUUCUUCUUAGUUCUAUUUUCUUUUAAAAUCCGUUUUUAGAUAUGAUUAUUAUUGUUUAAUCUAAAACUAGGUCUUUGAUUGACGAUCGGUUUCAGUGGCUCUCCCCGCAAAACCUCCUCUUUUAAAUUCUAGGGUUUUGUCAGCCGCGAGUAGAUACCUUGAAGGCCAGGAUAAGGCUCGCGUUAGGGUUUCGGCCGGCCAGACUGAGAAAUUCGAUGACGUUUGGAACUGAAAUCGUUGAUGUUAAUGUGGUUGCGGAAUCCAAUGAUGGAUUGGGGGAUUACCUGAGAUUGCCGCCAUCCGAUGACCCUGAGCUGGGGAAAUCUGUUGAGGUGCAGGUUCGAUGUUCCUGGAUAAAGAGGAUUUCUUGGACUUGGUGGUUAAAGGUUGCUGUUUUAUGCCUCUUCUUGGCUGCUGUUGCUGCGCUUUUGGUUAUCUUCGGCGGCCCUUUCCUCCUCAAAAAGGUGGUUAUACCGAUACUCGAGUGGGAAAUGGCAACAUUUAGCAUUCCAAUCCUUGGCUUAUUAAUUUUUGUUUUUAUUGCGAUUUGUCCUGUUCUAUUGUUGCCCUCUUCACCAUGUAUGUGGAUAGCUGGAAUGUCUUUCGGCUAUGGUUAUGGAUUUCUGUUAAUUAUGGCCGCUUCAAGCAUUGGCAUGUCGUUGCCCUUUUUUAUUGGGCAUCUCUUCCGCCAUAAAUUACAUAAAUGGCUGGAGAAGUGGCCCAAGCAAGCAGCUCUUGUCAGAUUAGCUAGCGAGGGAAACUGGUUUCAUCAAUUUCGAGCUGUUACGUUGCUCAGGGUUUCUCCCUUCCCAUAUAUAGUUUUCAAUUAUGCAGCUGUAGCUACGAAUGUUAAGUACUUCCCUUACAUAUGUGGAUCUCUGAUUGGGUCGGUGCCUGAGACUUUUAUGACAAUCUACACCGGGAGGCUGCUUCGUACUUUGGCUGAUGUAGCUACUGAGGGUGGAUUCUUGUCGAUGGAGCAGGUCCUCUAUAAUGCACUAUGUUUUGGAGCGGCUGUAGCUGCGACAGCUGCCUUCACCAUCUAUGCAAAGCGGGCUCUUCAAACUCUCAAGGCUGGGGAAGGGCUAAGUGUAGCGUGAGACCUUGUAUGGAUCAUACUUAAUGACAUAGCUCGUGCGCCGGAAUGAGCUGUCGGCUCGGCUCGUACCCAGGAUUUCCUUGGGCAAAUGAUGGCACUUUCUUUUGGUUUCUCCUUUGUUAAGGCACCUUCUGGCUGACGAGAGUCUGGUGGGGAUGGAUGCUGCAGAUGUAACAGAGUAUUGUAUACAUAUAUUUGAAAUUGUAACUUUUAUAGAAAAAUCAUUCAGUAUAUGUUAGUAUGAAGAUUAGAAAUUGUAACUUGUCUACUUACAACGUAUAGAAAGUGUCGUGAUUAUUAUCUGUUGUGUUUCA